CCUAAGCCUCUUCUAGGAUGUGCAGCCAACAGUGAUUUCUGUUCUGCUUCUAACAUUUAAUACUGCAGCUGAAGAAUACUGUGGCUGUGUCUUUAAGACGAAACUGAAGAAUACUGUGACUGUGUCUUUAAGACGAAACUGAAGAAUACUGUGACUUUUAGACUAGACUGAAGAAUACUGCGGCUGUGUCUUUAAGAUGAGACUGAUACUGGAUAUAACUGAUAACACAACUGUAAUCCAGACUGGGUAGCUAAAGAGCAGAGUUUCACAGGAACUAAGGAUAUUUUAACAAUGUCUGUAGAACAAAAUCUGGAGCAGUUUUUGAAGGAUGUGGAUGAAAUUGCUGAAAUUAUACAAGGCCUAAGUUCUGAUGACGCAACCUCUCAAGAACAUAUCAUUGCAAAAGCAGAUCAAAAACUUGCUCUUUUAAAGAAGAAGGAAAAUGAAGAUGGAAUCAGGACCAAAACAAACAGGACAGUUUUUAAUAACUCUCCUGCUGGUUCCUUUCCUCAGUCUAACUCUGAAAUGAGCCAAGACAGUUUCCUCGCCCACUUGGAGAAAGAUGCAGCAGAACGUGCCGAGAAAAGAACACAGGACAAAGCACUUGCAAAUGCACUCAAAGAUCUUGGAAAUGAGGCAUAUGCCAAAGGAGACUAUGAAAGUGCAGUCCAGCAUUAUAGUGAAGGGCUGGAAAUACUGAGAGAUAUGCAAGUCUUGUACACUAACCGUGCUCAGGCUUAUAUAAAAAUGGAAAAGUACCAAAAUGCAAUAACAGAUUGUGAGUGGGCAUUAAAGUGUGAUGAGAAGUGCCUGAAGGCCUAUGUCCACAUGGGCAAAGCUUAUCUGGGACUGAAAAAAUAUGAUGAGGCUAGGAAAUAUUACAAGAAGAUCACAGAUUUAGAUGGCAACAAAGAGAAAAUGGUUAAAGGUUACUUGAAUCAGGUGGACUCCCAGGAGAUGAAAGACAUGCAGGAAAAGAAGGCCUCACGGGAUCUAGAGGCCGGGGCAGAAAAUGCAGUAUCUGUGACACAGCUGCUCCAGAAACUCUAUAAAACAGACCAGAUUCCUCUAUAUUAUUCUGGAGGCUUACAGCUCCUAGCCAAUGCUGUUAAGGAUUGUACAACGCAAACUGUAUUCAGAACAAAUUCUGGAUUCAAUGUCAUAGGCGACAACACAGUAAUAAACAGAUCUUUGAUCUCUAAACAAGCUGAUCCGAUGGAUGUAGAUCUCUGUUUGUCUGUUCUGACGUUAUGGCAAGCAGUCUGCACUGGGAAUGAAGAGAACCAGCGCCUGUUUAUCAGCCACCCUAAUGUGACCCAGCAGCUCCUUGCACUGCUGUCCUCAGAUGUCCCUGAUGUGCAGAGCAAAACACUGGAUCUUCUAAGUAUAUAUUCCAUGACAGAGGAAGGAAGAUCUUUACUUGUGAAACAUCUACACCCAUCUAGGCUUUUAAAAAGCCUAGUAAUAUAUGUGACAUUAAUGGAUAGAAGAGCGGUUAAAGCCAUGGAUAUAUUGCACAGUCUGACACUGGAGCAGAGGUUGAAACCUUAUUUCAGGACUGACUUUUUAUCAGAAUCACUGCCCUUGUUUAAUCGCUUAUUGACAAAGUCGAGCAUGUCACUGGUCAAUAUGGCAGUGUUUCCAUUGUGCAUCGCUGUGAUAGGACAUCUCACAGAAGAUAGAAUUAUCAGGAGUACGAUGGCUGGUUCACUUGAGUUCUGGAACUCCUGUUUGCUGGCAGUGGAUGAGUGCAGCGUUCCAGCCGCUGGUCAAGCACAUCAAGACAUUUUGGUUGCAUUACUUGGCCUCAUGUUUAACUUGUCCUUGGAAGAGAACUCAGUAAUCCAGGGGACUGGCGUUGAUAUAAGUACAAGAUGCUUGUCUCUGCUUAACAGUAAAGAUGGGACCAUUGUGACUAGAUCAGUGGGCAUUCUCAGCAGGGUUCUCCCACAAUGCACUGCGGCAGUAGGACUCUCCGUUCAAGGAGGCAUUGUAAAGAAGCUCAUAAAAUGUCUGAAGGCAGGUGGACAGCGGACAUCAUCCUAUGCUGUAAAGGUGCUUGCUGUGUGUACCAAACAAGAUCCCCAGGCACAGAGUGAUGUUGUAAAGUAUGAUAAAAAAUUUGCCACUUUGGUACCUUUGCUAUGUUCUGAGGAUGAAAAAAUAAUUGGGAACACGGCUCUUUGCUUGGGAAACUGUUUCAAUGUUCCAGGGGCGGCAGCGUCAUUGCUGCAAUCGGAUAUUGUGAAGUUGCUGCUGACCCAUGCUGGCGGGGAUGCCAAUCAGUCCUCUGUACAACAGAAUGCUGCUAUAGCACUAGGAAAACUUUGCACUGCAGAGCCAAGAUACAUGAUGCGACUCAGAGAACUUCAUGGAAUUGAGAUUCUUAACUCUUGUAUGAAAUAUAUCAAAUGAUUGAUCUUUUAUACCAGAUACCGCAGUGGUGUUGUUAGUAAGAGGGAACAAAGUAUUAAAAGGAAGUUAAAAAUUAAUACAAGUAAAGUAUGGUUAAAAUAGUUGGGUAUUGGCAGUUUGGUAAAUACAUGUAUAUUUUCCUAUUACUUAAUUGUAUGUUUACAGUACAUGUGUAUUUUAUUGUAGCCAUUGAGCAUAAGACUUAGAACAGAGGUUCUCAAACGUGGUCCUCAAGGCAUCCCAAUGGACCAAGUUUUAAGUUUAGCCAUGAUAGGGCACAGGUGACUUAAUUUGCUCCUCAGUCAAUUUGGUUUAAUGAUCUGUGCUGAGCCAUGGAUAUACCUAAAACCUGGACUGCCGGGGUACCUUUAGGACUGCGUUUAAGAACCUCUGACUUAGAACAUCAAUGCAGAAUAAUUUUUGCAACCUGAUUUAUUUAAUUUUCUGGAGUUCCUUGUGACCCUUAUAUAGAUUUUUAUUGCAUAUAUAUUUUAUUGUAAAAUAUAUUUUGCUAUCUUCUUAGUUUUUUAUACAUUGCACUAUUCCCCCUGACGAGCAUUGUGGACAAAUAUUGGAAAGGAAGGUUUAGUUUUCCUUCACAGCAAAUGUGUAUUUAUUUCUGAUAUAGUAUUUCAAUGUUUACUGGAAUUGUCAGUGUUCUGUAAAAAAGUCUAUUGACCUACUAAAUGUUAAAUAUUAACCUAUUGACCUAUUAAAUGUACAUUUGUGCGUUUUAUGUAUACAUGAAAAA